GAUUUGUAUCAAAACUUUAUUCUAAAAAUUUCCAAUUUGAUAAUUCGACGCACAAUCUGUGGUGCCAUGGUGACCAAGAGAAGCUCGCACGGCUAUCGAAUAAGUUUUCUAGUUUUUUGCUCGUUGUUGUUGAUUGAUUCCAGCAAAUCGUCAAGUGUGUGCAACAAGUACGAGACUUGCAACAAGUGCAUCGAGGCUCCCACCUGUAACUGGUGCCUCAGAGACGCUGUGCCCAAGAGUGCUUGCCUCGGACCUGACGAGCUCCACAAAUGCACGGAUGGCAAACUGCAAGAACUAAAGAGCGGAUACCGGAGCGAUAGAAAAUUAAUCCCGGCCAACAAAUACGUACGAGCCACGCUGACGCCUCACAGUACAAGUGUUGACAUCAGAAGCGGCGACACCGUGGAGGUUCCUCUGAUCCUGACUAUGACCUCGGAACCUAAGGUGGAUUUAUAUUACCUGAUGGACAUCUCCUCGAGCAUGAGAGAUGAUUUGGAAAGUAUCAAAAAUCUGGCAAGCACACUAGGAGAGAAGAUCAAAAAUCACACGAGCGACUUCAACGUUGGUUUCGGGACUUUCGUGGACAAAGACACGUUGCCUUACAUAGAUGCAAUGGUAACAAUCAGAGGCCAUCACAGCCCUACCAACAAACACUGUAAUGGGUCCAUGGGCUCCAUGACUUUCUGCAACGCCAUGGCGCUGCAGACGUCCGAUACUGCAACAUUUGAGGCAGUAGUGGGUGAUACUCACGUGUUGGCGAACGACGACUCGCCAGAGGGAGGUUUCGACGCUCUGCUGCAGGCCCUGGCAUGCAAAGAACAAAUUCGAUGGAGGGAUGAGGCGGCCAAGAUUCUCCUCUACUCAACCGACGCUGUUUUCCACUACGCUGGUGAUGGCAAGUUGGCCGGAAUCGCGGCACCUCACGACGGAGCUUGUCACAUGGACCGAGAAGGGAAAGUCUACACGGAGGCGCUCACAUUGGACUACCCCAGCGUUUAUCAGAUUUCGAGAGCCGCGAACGCGAGCGAAGUACACGUGGUUUUUGCUGUAGUUGAGAGGGCAAAAGCUCUGUACGAUGCACUGAGCAAGCAAAUUGAGCUAUCGAGCACCGUUCUUAUUGAGGAUGAUUCAUCCAACAUAGUGGAUCUCAUCAUCCAAGAAAUAUUGGGAAUCACGACUACUUACCACAUGGUAGCGACUGGGUACCCGGAGGAAGACAUGGAGGUAACUCUGACCGCCGAGUGUCCUAAAGGCAGCGGGUCUACCUGCGCUGGAUUGGAGCUUGGCGAUUCUGGAGACAUUACUGUCAGCAUCAAGUUGAAGAGAUGUCCGCCUCCCGAUAAACCCAAGGAGACAAUGUUGACCAUCCACCCCAAGAACAAUGCCAAAAUCAACGCCACCAUCACCGUGAAUUUCCUGUGUACAUGCCAGUGUGAGGAGCCACAAGCGAGUUCUGCACGCUGCAGCGGUCGUGGUACUCUGGAGUGCGGAACGUGUGCUUGCGAAGGGAUCUUCUCCGGAGCGAACUGCAGCUGCUCGAUGGACUCGGAGCAGAGCAACGAGAUGUGCAUAACGGACAGCUCCGGCGCUGUCUGCAGCGGCAGGGGGAGCUGCGUCAACGGAGAGUGCUUGUGUGAUCAGUUUGAAGAGAGCGGAAGCACGCACUCGUACUGCAGCGAAAGUUUGUGCUCGGAGAGCGACUUUUCUUGCGGCCCAACGAAUGACAAUUUGUGCUACAAUCACGGCGACUGCCGGUGCGGCAACUGCAUAUGCCACCCGACGCACACGGGGGAGUUUUGCGACUGUCCUACAGCCACGGAAAGAUGUGAUCCAAGUGGAUCAGGAGACAUGUGCUCUGGCAGAGGACGUUGUGAGUGCAACGAGUGCGUGUGCGACAGAAAAGAUGGCAACUUUUGGUUCUUUGGCGACACUUGCCAGUACUGCAAGGACUGUGGAGACUUCUGCACCGGAGAAUACAGUCUGAUGCCGUGCAUGCAAUGCGAGUGGUUCAACAAAUACAAGAAUUUCAAAGUGAAAGAAACGAACAAAGAGCAAUAUUGCAAGUCGAGAAAAUGCCAACUGGUCACUAAAUAUAACAUAGUCACACGCGAGGAUAUCAAUGAACUGAAAGACAAAAGCUCGUGUAAAGCAACAGACGACACUGGGAAAUGUGAGAAAGAGUUCUGGUAUGUCCGUUUAAACGAAGCGGAAUUCUACGAGGUCUACUACAUUCAUGAAGACGUCUGGUGUACUGACGAUAACAUAAUGUUUUACAUCGUCGUUGGAGCGUUGGCCGGGGUCUUGCUGCUCAUCCUCAUUCCGACGAUCAUUUACUGCACGAGAUGGCGAGCAAAUGUUAAAGAAGUCGAAGACUUUGUAAGACGUGGGAAUGCCAGCAGCACGACCAAUGAGCUCAACAAAAUUCCUGUUGCGGAAAUGGAGCUCCCGCUCUACGAAGAAACUGCCAGCAGCGAGCUGUGAACGCGUGUCCAAAUCUAGAUUAGUCGAAACGGACGAUGCAGGGCAAGAUUUAACAACCAGUGAUAUUUUAUCAUCUCUCUAAAUCGUGUCCACCACACUGAUUUGUUUUCCGUGCAACACGCAGUUUCAAUAAAACAAUGCUCUGCAAUAACAGACGCGUACAAACUUAGAACAACUAUUUAGUUAUGACAACCAGGACAAUUUGUAUAGAAUAAAGCAUUUGUAAUGUUUAAUUAUACUUAUAUAUAGUUGAAAGUUUGCUUAGUUUUCUGUUAUAAAUGAAUCCUGUAGUAAUAAUUUUUUGGACCUUAGGUCUAUCGAAUUAUAAGUUUGUUUAUUUUUAAAAUCUUGUCCCAUGUUUGCCUCCUUUUUAAAAUUCGCUUUACAUCCAAUGAAAAAUGCAUUUACAAUAAUCAUAAUUUUCAAUUCCGUGACUGAUAUGAUAAUAUAAGAAAUGCAGCAAAUUCUGGUAAAGAAAUUUUCCAUUGUGAUUCAUCCAGGACAAAUGUCGUCCAAAUUUGAAUUCAUGCAGUCACAGGUGUCGAGAAGUUCUUGGGGUACAAUAGAAUCUCGCUGGUAAGUUAGGUGGACAUUGAACUGACAUUGUUGGUAUUAUCAGAAUUGCUUGAUGCAAUGUUUGAAAAUGCUUGAUUGAGUAUCUCGUUUUAUUCCAAUGUCUGUCUCCAUUAAAUUAUUAUAGUAAAUUACAGACUAAAAUAUUUCAAAAUAUUUAAUAUCAUUGUUGAUUUAAAAAAAUCUGUGACUUAUUGCUCUCUUACGCUAGUACCCAUACCGAUGUUACAUGCCUCCUAGUCGUCGUGUUGUAACAAAGCGCAUCGACAAAUCCUAAAAGCAUGGACCAUGGAAGAGACCAAGGCGUCAGUUGCCACAGCCUACGGCCAGUGCAUAACUUCUUGGAAGAUAGGGGAGAUUUUGCUAUAUUUUUUGACUGCUUUCUUUCACCCGCUGUCUUAUCUUAGGGUAUAUCAUUUUGUUCAAGCUCAUAAAAACAUUUCCUCCGCUUAGAAGGAAAAAUCCUUCUGAAUCGAGGAUGACUUAUAUAAAGCUUAUAAUCAACCAUACUAGAAAGAAUCGGAGGUCUCCGAAAGCCAAUAAGGUCAAGAGAACUUGCUUAGCCUAAAAAAGUGCAUGGAUAAUAUCCUAAGAUAAACUUAAAUGAUUAAAAAAAAAGAAACAGUCCGAAAGUGGAUAUUGUGCCGGUGACAUAACCGAAUAAAUCUACUCUAGAAGGGCUAUGACGAGCGUGAGGUAUUCGUCAGAUCCUAUACGGGACUCCAAUCGGGCAUUUCUUCGUUGCCCUCCAACGAGGCUCGAGUAAUCUCGUUGGAGAUCACAUCAAAGCCACACCCAUGAAGGUAACUGAAAUCUUGAGCAUGCUGAAUGUUUUGCCAUAAAAUACUGUAGUUUCUUCAAAAAGGAUGCAACGGCCACCAACAGCACCAUCACAUAUGCCCAAUACUAGACUAUACACCUGGUCAUCUAGUUUCAAAUCGCCUCUCACACCGCAGUCAUUGAUCUACAGACCAUUCAAAACUCUGAAUGGUCUGAAUAUUGUUAGAAUAUUGUGUUUUUUUUCAUGAGACGAAGAAGAAAAAGAAAGUAUAACAUCUUGUCUAGUGUUAUUACUCCAGUAUUGGUGGUGUAGUUGAUAAUCCCCUAUCAGCGUUAGUCGUUCUGCUGCUUAGCUCUGGGCUUGACUGCAUGGUUUUGUGUAACAAAAGCUGGCACCCGCAGAGGUAUAGUUCACAUAUUGUUCUGCUGUAAUAUGACGAGAAUGUUUUGAUGUCCUGUAUUGUUGUUCUGCUACAAUAUGAUUGAGAUAGGUGUAAAAAUACAAAUUCAGAGUUACUAUUGGACCUCAUCGGGAUAACUUCUUUUUUUGUGAAGAUCUUCUCUUGUUGAAGACCAGUACCUCUUCCGCCGCUCCUGUACUCAGUUGUUUAGAUUACUUUUAUAUCCUA